UAAUUAUCUAUUUUUGCGAUUGUAACGUGAAGUAUUCGAAUUUGUCGAGUGCAUUUUAAAGAUGGGUUAUCAGUUUGGGAAAUAUUUAAGUAUUUGUAUGAUGUUAAAUUCGAUAUUUUUCAUGUAGUUUCGGCGUAGGACGUUUUAAAAUAAGCAGGCAACAUGAAAUAUUUGAUAAUCACUUUGCUAUUAGCAUUUACCCGAGCCGAAAACGAUAAGCAUCUCAUCCCAAUCGGAAGAUUAAACGACAUAGCAGACCAUGUCAAUAAUCAUCCAGACUCCACAUGGCAGGCAUCAAAAUUCGAUGUAGCCGAAGGUAAGGAGCAAUUUGUGGAUACAAAACUGCGAGUUGGUGUUCUCGAAGGAUCUGCUCCAAAAGAGGCAUACGAGGCCCUUGACGCAGCUUCCAAUCAAUGUGAGAAUAACGGAUUACCUAAAGAAUUCGACGCGAGAAAAAAAUGGUCCCAAUGUGAAUCGGUAAUAGGACAUAUUUAUGAUCAAGGAAAUUGCGGAUCGUGUUGGGCGGUAUCAACAGCCUCAGCUUUCUCCGAUAGAGUAUGCAUUGCCACCAAAGGAAAAAAGAAGGCUUUAUUCGCAAGUCAACAAAUCCUGUCUUGUUGUCACAAAUGUUCUGGACCAGAUGGCUGCAAUGGUGGUUGGCCUAUGGGAGCUUUCGCCUACAUAAAACAUACUGGAUUAGUGACCGGAGGUGACUAUGGAUCUCGCCAGGGCUGCCAACCGUACUUAAUGCAGCAGUGCGACCAUCACAUUAAUGGUACUUUCCCUCAAUGUUCCUCAUUGGAGAAACAGAAAACUCCAAAAUGUAAACUACACUGCUAUAAUUUCAAACAUGAUAAGACUUUUAAGCAAGAUCGAAUCAGAGCUGAAAAAUACUACAGUGUAUUACCAUGCGCAGCUCAAAAUGAAAUUUACCAAAAUGGUCCCAUCGUUGCGGCAUAUACUGUUUUUGAAGAUUUCUACACCUACAAAUCCGGAGUUUAUCAACACGUAACAGGAGCGAGAACCGGCAGACAUGCAGUUAAAGUCAUCGGUUGGGGUGAAGAGAAAGGUGUACCUUACUGGCUGGUGGCUAAUUCUUGGAAUACUAAUUGGGGUGAUCAUGGAGUCUUCAAGAUUAAGCGUGGAGAUGAUGAAGGUUGGUUUGAAGAAGAAUUCAUCGCAGUAAAACCGAAGGUGUAAGCAAUGCGAGACAACGAACUUGAGAUAAUUCUAAACAAAGAUCAAACACCAAUUCGUUCAUUUUUUUGUUACAAAAAUCAAAAUUUGUUUCAUUAAAUUCAUUUUCAUA